UGAUUGUUCCCAAAGAAAAUUGAAUAAAAUUGGGACCUUAUUUCCCUGUAAGAAAGCCGAAAAUACUGUAUACGGACUCACGGAAUCGGCCGGCAGCGAUUAAUCGGAAGCAAUUAAUCAAAAUAAAAGGAAAAAAAGAUGGAAUUGGAGACAGUGGGGAGUCUGGCGAUGCACAUAAUACUCUCAAAAUUGGGCCCAUCGGAUGUUGCGUCGGUGAGCUGCGUCGGAAAGAGAUUUCACGUUUGGGCCUCCGACGACUCCCUUUGGGCAAAGUUCUGUUCGUUUGAUCUUGAGCUAUCUUCGCCUCAUGAUCCCCACGGCAACCCCGCCCCUUCUUUCAAGGCAGCUUAUCUAGCAUGGCGAGAAGCAUUUGCUUUGUAUCCGUGGUCACUGGUUAUACGAGCUAAACAAUGCUGGACCAAACUAAAAAGCUGGUUAGCAGUGAACUUACCAGAGGUUUUGCCUACUCUACGCAAGGGUGCAUCUGAAGCUGAGAUCAAUGAGUUUGAGAACUAUAUGAAAGUAGAAUUGCCUCUUCCUACGAGGCUUCUCUAUCGUUUUUGUGAUGGUCAAGAACUACCAAAUGAUGAGUUUAAUGGAAGCUUUCCUUUAACUUUGUUGGGUAUUAUGGGAGGAUACUCUUUAAAUGAUCAUCUGGUUAAUGUGUUCCUGUUGCCCUUAAGUCAGGUGAUACUUGAUACCAAGGGUAUUAUGCAUCACCUGGGGUUCAGCAAUAGAUCUGAGUAUAUUGUUGUUGCAGCUUCUGCCACCUACAGUGAAAAGAUUUUCUUCCUGAACUGUAGCACUGGUCAACUUUUUGUUGGUACGAUGAAUCUUGCUAUUGAUGGAGAAAUGCUUCCUUGUGUGCCAGAUACAUUGAUAAGUUUGGUGCAUGAAUCAAAAGGUAGUGAACAACAGGAUGCCAUGCUAUUAUGGCUCGAAGAACAUGGUCGUCGCUUGCAUGAUGGCUCUAUUAAGGUUCGUCAAGAAGGAAAGAUCAGACUCAUCAAUAUAUUCCCGGAGCAACCUCCUCUAUGUUCCUCUGCUAUAACAAAUGGUGUCAAGGUCCGUGCUUCUGCUGCAUUUGUACCUGAGUUCAGUAACCUUCAAGAUGAAUCAGACAAGUAUUUGUUUGCUUAUUCAAUCCGCAUGUCUCUUUCCCCUGGUGGAUGUGUCAUCAAUGGAAUGAAGUUCAGUUCUUGCCAGUUGUAUUGGAGACACUGGACUAUACGUGCUAAUGAUGCUGUCGUAUCAAAUGUCAAUGGAGAAGCUGUAAUAGGGAAGUUUCCACUACUACAUCCUGGAGGGGAUGAGUUUGUCUAUGAGAGUUGCACACCUCUGCCAUGUUCUCAAGGAUCCAUUGAAGGAUCAUUUACUUUUGUCCCUGGAAGAUUGGCAGAUCCAAAAGGAGACCAGUUUGUGGCUGAAGUAGCACGGUUCCCACUGCAGUUACCAGACUAUAUUUUCUGAUAACUCUAUUGUGCAAAGUCAAUUAUGGGAAUGCUGUAUUGAUACAGAGUUGUUUUUCUUCUGUAAUUUCGUUUGCUAAAUAUUCUUUCAUUGAUGAAAUCUCCAAAUCUGCUAGUGUGUUUCAGUGUUUCAUUGUGUCUUUUAAUUAUAAAGAAUGGCCAUUUGCAGACUAUUUGAAGGAUGGUCUAAUUGUAUGCUAUAGAAAAUAGUUUGCUGCAAAGUGAAACUACACACUAGAACUUGGAAGGACCUCUUGUAGUAUUAGAGUUAAUAUAAUAAUUCCUAGUCUUU